AUGAGGAUGACUAACUAUGCGAUAGUCAACCUGAUCCUCUUUGGAAUUGUCUUUUUAGAAGUACUAUUUCUCAUUGUACUAUGUUGUUUAAAUGAGCAGACGAUCAAAAAUUCAUUUUUCUGGUUUCUGCUCUAUGCCCUUCUGUGGACUGUUUUGCGAGUUGCACAGUCUCUUCCCGAAGUUGCAGAGAAUGCAAAACUCUCUCUGUGUGUCUUAUAUCUGAUUUAUCCGUGUGUGAUUUAUUCCUUUUUACUUCCCUCAUAUCACUAUAUUUAUAGUCUUUACGAAACACGAUGUAAAAAUACUAGACUUCUUAGUUGGAUUUGGAGAGUAUUCGUAGCUUUCGAAUUUGUUUGCUAUAUCAAUUGUGCAGCUUUCGCAUGGACCCGCUACGCUGACAGUAUUUAUCUACAUGUCAUAGAGGCGGUAUGCAUGAUACUAGCAUUCCUCGUUUCUCUGAUGCAGCUGGGUCUUUCAGCGUCCCGUCGGUUCUCCAUCAGCGAGAACAGAACAGUGGGUACUUUUAUCUGCGAAAUCGCCCUUAAUAUCCUCGUCGUGUUUCAUUUCCUCUUCAUCCUCUUCAGUAUCUUCCAUGUGGUCCGCAUUUCAUUCGUCCCCAACAACUUGGAUGCCAUUCUAUUUUUCAUUUGUUUGGAACUUCUUCCCCUCCAGCUACUCAUUCUGCUAGUUUUUAACUUCAACUUCCGAGAGAUCGCUCAUUUGGGAAAUAUCCAAGUUCCAAAAGACCUGGUGGAUAGCUGCGUUCGAGAGAAUAUUCUGAAAAGCAAUCCGACGAUCGACGGUCCGUUCAACACCCAAGACGUGCAGUAUAUGCUCACGUUAACUACUCGCAGUCACAAAGAUAGUGAAGAUGGUGUAUACCACAUGGACGAGUCUCGGCAUUAUCUUUCAGUGAGCGAGCACUUCAGUUCAGUUGAUCGACCUGUUAGUCCUUCCGAAAGCGUCGGAUUUCCGUUGGCGGGAUAAGCUCACUCUAGUUUCCCUCACUUUG